GGAGAUUAUAAUUGUGUAAUGAAAAGUUUGCGAACAGAAGAACAGUUUAAAAAAAAGAAAAUAAUCCAUGGACAUGCAUAGAUUAUAAAAGAGUGUAUGAAAUGAAACUUCUAAAUCAGAUACUGACGUAAUUGCGGUGAGGUGACAAUCAUAUGGUGGAAAACAAGAAAGAAGUAGAAGACACUAUAAAUAAUACUAACAGACUUGCUGCAGUAAAAUGAGUGGGCAAUCAAUAACCAUAAUCCACUUCAAUGAUGUGUACAACAUUGAACCACAGAAAGAUGAGCCAAAAGGAGGGGCAGCAAGGAUGGCAUCGUAUAUUAAGUCUUGUCAAGAAUUAAAUCCUGUAGUCCUGUUUAGUGGGGAUAUACUCAAUCCAUCACUGAUGAGUAUUUUUAUGAAAGGGGACCAGAUGAUACCUAUUGUUAACAGUUUAAAUGUCCAGUGUGCUGUAUUUGGAAAUCAUGACUUUGAUUUUGGAGUAGACCAUCUACAGGAAUUUAUGUCCAAGACAAAGGGUUGUGCCUGGUUAUUAAGUAAUGUGAUAGACAAUUUAUCAGAGAAGCCAUUAGCGAAUGGAAAAACACAGCAUAUUAUAAAAGCACAUGGAAUAAAGAUUGGAUUGAUAGGUUUAGUGGAACAUGAAUGGAUUGAUACAUUAGCAACUUUAGAUCCAGAAGAUGUCACAUUUGAAGAUUACAUAGAAAGAGGGAAUGAACUAACUAGAUCAUUAAAAGAACAGGGAGUAGAUGUAAUAAUAGCUCUAACACACAUGAGAACACCCAAUGACAGAAGAUUAGCAGAGAAUGUAGACGAUAUAGAUUUGAUUCUUGGAGGACAUGAUCAUGAUUAUAGUUUAGAAGUGGUAAAUGGUAAGAAUAUCGUCAAAAGUGGAACAGAUUUUCGGAAUCUGAGUAAAAUAACAUUAACUUUUACCUCUAGUGGUUUGAAAGUAGAUGUAGAAAGAGUAGAUUUAGACUCCAGUAUACCAGAAGAUCCACAGAUACAGAAGAUUGUUGCACAUUUAAAUGAAGAGAUAAGUGAAAAAAUGGAUGAACAUUUGGGUUUUACACAUGUGGAUAUGGAUGGGAGAUUUAAAAUUAUCAGAAAAAUGGAGACAAAUUUAGGGAAUUUUGUUACAGAUAUAAUGUUAGAAAUAUCAAAAGCAGACUGUGCCUUAUUGAACUCAGGGACCUUUAGAUCUGACAGAAUUCAUCCAAAAGGACAAUUUAAGCUGAGGGAUCUAUUAACCAUUCUACCUCUCGUUGACAAUUUAGUUGUUAUUGAAUGUACAGGUGCUGAGGUUGUAGAAGCUUUAGAAAAUGGUGUAUCAAAAUAUCCAGCCUUAGAAGGUAGAUUUCCACAAGUAGCAGGAAUAAAUUAUGGUUUUGAUCCAACAAAGCCUCCGGGGGAGAGAGUUGAUCCAGAGCUGGUACAAAUCCAAAAUCAAUAUAUCCACAUGAAUAAGAAAUACCUACUGUGUACAAAAGAAUACAUAGCAGAUGGGAAAGAUGGAUAUGAGGUGUUCAAAAACUGUCCUGUAGCUAUUGACUCAGAAAAGCUAAUGACAUUGAGUACAGCUGUAAGAAACCACUUUGAGUCAGUACAAAUUUUGCAAGGUGCUAAAAAGUGCAAAUCAGGGCAUAGGCAGAGCUUAAUCAGUCUUGUAAGACGAGAAAGUUUGGUGAAACAAGCUAGUUUAGAAUGGCACAUACCACACCAGCUUGUACGACAGAUGAGUGUUCAUGAUGUAGAAUGUGAGAAAAGUCACCUUUGUCCCAAAGUUGAAGGUCGUAUCUUUAUGUAUGAUGAUCAGAAAAGGGAGAUAAUGAAGAUGACGAAAGUUGAAAUCCCAAUGAGUUUUAGUGAUGAAAUAAUCCCAGAGGAAGAGGAAGAAGAUGGCAAGGAAAAAGACAACGGUGGGGAAGAAAGUAGACCGAAAGUCCAGACAAAGAUAGAAUAUGUUGACAUACACACACUAUGAUCAUGUCUGUGUAUUUAAAAAUAUCAAAUGUUUGUUUAAUCCAAAGGCAUUAACAGUAAGAUUUUAACUUAUGAUAAAGUUUGCCAUUAAUGAAUGAAAAAGACUGUGAAAAAAAUGUUUAAUAUUGAAAAUUACAUUCCAGUUUGAAUUUUCAUAAGUUCUAAUUGUAAUUGUUUCAUUCAUCAAUUUUAAUUCUGUAUACUCCAGAUAUAAUGCAUUUCCAUUUCUGUUUUUUAAUAUUUCAUGUUCUAAAAAUUAAAAAAAGAAUCUCUUUUUCAAGAUGUAUCAAGUAUGUAACUCUUACUAAGUUAAUAAAAUUAUUUUUUAAAUUACUAAAUUCAGUAGAUGUUUACUAAAAACAAAUGUUCAUCAUAAUUAGAAUCAUUUGCAUAAAAUUUGCAUACACCAUUAUGCAUUGCAUUCUUUAUCAAUGCUGGCUAUAUAUAGUGAUGGUGGUAACAGUUUGUAUUUUUUGUGACAUCGAAUGGGCUUCCUGUAUAUGAUUUUUCUGAACCCUGCCGCAUUGUGCCAUAUGCCAUACUUGACUUUUUACUUAUUUUCUGUUUAAAUGUUGUUUAUGAUGUCAAAAAACAUUAUUAGUUAAAAUGACACCAAAUUUCUUGUCCAAUAAAAUUUUCAGUAGUGCCUUAUUUUACUUGUUAUUAACAUUUUAAGUGAUUUUGUUAAUGUUAAAAAAAAAAAAGCUAAUGGCUGGUAAAAGAAGAUUUUAGUAUUAAAUUGUUUAACUCUUUCUUGAUCUAGCACUAGAAAGGAAACAAUUGAUAUUUCUUUUAACUGUUAUUUUAAGUUUAUAAAUUAAAUAGUUUGGAAAUAAAAAUACAGUUAUCAGUUGUUUGGAAAUUAUUCAAAUUUCUUAUUCAAUGACAGAUAAAACAAACUUGUUUUUUUUAGGAGUGGAUAGAAGGGGUCCUGAUCCUGAAAUCCGGGCUUAAAAAAAUGAAAUCCUGAGGUCACAAAUUUAAAGAAUUUCAAAUCCUGAUACCUAAAAUUCAUAAAAAAGAAUCACAGACAUCCCGAAAUGGAUGAAUCUGAAAUUGGAGCUUAAACACACCCGAUCCCAGAGUCUGAUAAAGGUCUUAUCCCCCUCAUUUAUGGAAAGUUCAGAAACUGGUGUAUCUUUUGAAGUACAAUUAAUUUAUAUGAGACACCAGUGCAAAAUAAUGUAACAUAGUUUUUCACCCAUUGGCUGGUUAAGAUUUUUUUUUAUUAUGAUUGGAUAUAACCACACAUAUUACAGAUGUUUCUCAUUCAAAAAAAAUAACUGUAAUAAUGUGAUUGAUACUGCCAAAAUAUCAAAAAAGAGCCUUUGCCUAUCAGAGUCACUGCCCUGUAUUGAAAAUAUGUCAUCAUUUUCCAUCACAGAGUUGUUAUCUGUACCAAUGAUGUAAUGGUCCAAGACCACAAUUAAUUCGUAGUGCAUUUCUUUUAGAACAUAAAUUAAAAUUUAAAAUAUCCCACCUGCGCUUUCUCAAUGAAAUUUUUACAGUGUGUUGUACUACUUUUGGGACAAAUUAUAUCAAAAUUAUAGAAAAUUUUGUGUUUAGGCUGUCUUGAAAUCUUUUGACAGCUUCCGAAGUGCUAAUUUUUAACCUUUUUCAGCUGGACCAAAUCACUACUUCCCUGAAAAAUUCUGGACCCAAAUUUUUUUACAGUGUAAUUUCACCCCCCUACUUACAAUUUGAGGCAUUAAACAUGGAGAAACAAAUUUGGAAGGGGUAUAAAAAUUAAUGGCAAGUAACCCACUGUUAACACUAGGGACUAUAUUGGUGAACAACGAAAAUCAAGGGAUGACAAUUGUGGUCUCGGACCUAAUGCUUUCACUCAUCAUAAUCAUACUGUAAACCUUUUAAAUUUUUUUUCAAAUUAACAAAAUUUUUGUUACCAUACUUAUUGUCAGGGUUAACAUUCAUAUCCAUUAUAGAUGAAAAACAUCCAGAAUGAGGAACUAACCUGUUAAAUUUGUGUAUAAUGCUUCACUUUUUAUUUUUUUUUAAACGUUCCCACAUAGUUGUAUUUAUGAAUAUAUAAAGGUUAGAUACAAAAUAUAUACAUUUAUUCAUAUGAAAUUAAACCUACCAAACCUGACUAUUAAUGUCAAGAUAUCCUUUAUUGCCUUCUUAUUUUUAUAUAUAUUUUUAAAGAUAGUUCCUAGAUAUGGCUAGUGAGGAGAGAAUAUGUUGAAUCAGAUAUGAAACAAUUUGAUAUGGAAGUUGCACAAUAAUUUCUAUUGUGCUUGUUCUGUGUUACAUCCUCAUAACCUUAAAUUCUUUUCAGUAUGCAACACCAGUGAACACAGCCAACCUUUGUUAUUAAUUUGUUUAUUUAACUUGCACACAAGUUAAGAAUUUAAAUAAGUAUUUAAGCCUGUUUUGUUUGUUGAAAUACGUUUGUCUUUAUGUUUUGCACUAUUUGUUUUCUGUCUCAUUAAUAUAUACCCUGCAUUACCUUGUAUUCAUAUGUGAAGGCAAUUAUUUAAUCAGUUAACCAGUAAGCUUUGUUUAUAUGACUUUGCAUAUUAUUAUUAUUUAUUUUUACAUUUUUUAAAUCUGAAUUUUACAUACCAUAUCAUAUUUUUUAUUACCAAAGAUUAAUUGUGUCAGUAUGAACUACAAAGUAUUAAAGGUGCAGACUGUUAAAAAAUAUUUUUUUUGAUAAAAAAAAAUCACCAAAAGUGUUUUCAUGAAGAUUUGCAAUAUUUCUGUGAAUUAGAAAAAUGUUUUACGGGAGUAAUGAAAUGAAAGUCCAUUAAGUUUGGUUUAUAGUAAUAUCAAUAUAAGUUUAAAUAUUUUUUGUGAGAGAUUUUGACAAAAAGGAUUCAACUACUGUAAAUUCAGAAAUUAUUGCGUGCAUUUAUUAUUGCUAUUUUGUAAUUUUAGACUACUAUGGGAUGUAAAUAUUUUGUGAUAUUGAGAAAAAUCCUGUUUAACUCAGAUAAAAUAUUUGAAUAUUGAAAAUAUUGUGUUACAACUCUGUCGCAUAUUUCGCAAUAAUAAAAACCUCGUCAUAAUUUCUGAAUUUACAGUAUCAAAAAUACAUUUAACCAUUGAUAAUACUCAAGCAUGUAUAAACUGUUAUAACCAUGAGUUGCAUUUGCAUUGCAUUUCCAGUUUUAAUUUAUAUUUCACUUUUUAUUACAAAUUUUAAUUCUUGUUAAUUUUUUAUAUUAUUCACAAUGUUAACUAUUAAAAGUUGGAACCAGUUA